UAACGGGAUUGUUGCUGGAAGCAAGGCAGUUUUCUCUCUUGCUGUGAAAAAAAGGAUAUGUAUUUAUAUAAAUAUAUGUACUCUACUCUUUAUCACACAGGCUGUUUUGCAUCACGGAUCCACUGCUUAAUGCAAACGGAGAGAUAAAAGGAAUACAUUAGACUUUGUAUGCAAGGAAAUUCAUUCAUAACGGUAAAGAUGAACAUCAUAUACAACUAUGGAAGAUAAUACAAUUAUCAUGAAUAGAAAUUAAUCUCCAAUACAAAUCUUUGCAUAUUUCACUUGCCUAUGAUUUUGACCUUCAAAUAUUCAGCUUGCAUGAAAACUUUAGACAAGGAAAUUGAAAGGUUGUUUCCUUUCAGUCAAGGACAACAAACGUUUUGGACUCCAAUCAAUGAACAGAGACUCUUUUUUUGCUGAGUAACAAAUAACUGUUUGAUAUUAAAGUUAGCAGCAGUAAACUGCGAACUCUUUAAGGACCUAUUAUUUUCUGGAGGGAAUCAGUACAAGAUGAAGGAAAUAUCCAUUCAUAUUUAUUUUUUAGCUGGGCUUGCAAUGACUACUUUUGUAAGUACCACAGAAAAGAAAGUGGAUUGCCCCCAGUCAUGUGUAUGUGAAAUCAGACCAUGGUUCAGUCCAAACUCUAUUUAUAUGGAAGCUCCUACGGUCGACUGUAAUGAUUUAGGACUUCUUGCUUUACCUGAGAGAUUACCUGCUGACACACAGGUCAUUUUGCUACAGACUAACAAUAUUGCCAAGAUUGAGAAUCCUUUGGACUAUCUGGUCAAUGUAACUGAGAUAGAUUUAUCUCAAAACAAUUUAUCCUCAAUGAGUGAUAUCAAUCUCGGACAGCUGCUUCAACUUUUGUCUCUGCACAUGGAGGAAAACAAGCUUCACAAACUGCCUGACAACUGUCUACAUAAACUAACAAAUCUUCAAGAACUCUACAUGAAUCACAACCUGAUCUCUAUUAUCACACCAGGAGCCUUCACAGGGCUACACAAUCUGCUCAGGCUCCAUCUUAAUUCAAACAGGUUGCAGAUGAUCAGCAGCAAGUGGUUUGAGGCAAUUCCAAGACUAGAGAUUCUGAUGAUUGGUGAAAAUCCAAUCAUCAAAAUCCAAGAUAUGAACUUUAAGCCGCUUAUCAAUCUCCGCAGCCUAGUUUUAGCAAGAAUGAAUCUAACUGAAUUACCUGAUAACGCUUUAGGUGGCCUUGAUAAUUUGGAGAGCAUCUCGUUUUAUGACAACACAUUCACAAAAGUGCCCCAUGCUGCUUUGCAGCAGGUCCAGAGCCUAAAGUUUUUGGAUCUCAACAAGAACCCUAUUCAGAGAAUACAAAGAGGGGAUUUCAUGGAUAUGUUACAUUUAAAGGAGCUGGGAAUAAAUAACAUGCCUGAACUGGUGUCAAUUGACAGCUUUGCCCUAAAUAAUUUGCCAGAACUAACAAAAAUUGAAGCAACCAACAACCCCAAGUUAUCAUAUAUCCAUCCAAAUGCUUUCUACAAACUGCCCAGACUAGAAACACUUAUGCUUAACAGCAAUGCUCUGAGUGCCCUGUAUCGGAUUACAGUAGAAUCGCUGCCUAACCUUAGAGAAGUCAGUAUGCACAGUAAUCCCAUCAGAUGUGACUGUGUCAUCCGCUGGAUAAACAUGAAUAAAACUAAUAUUCGAUUUAUGGAGCCUGAUUCAUUGUUUUGUGUUGAACCACCUGAAUAUGAAGGCCAACAUGUAAGGCAAGUGCACUUCAGAGAAAUGAUGGAAAUAUGUCUCCCACUAAUUUCACCAGAGAGUUUUCCUUCACAUAUAAACACAAAAAAUGGGAGUUCUGUUUCAUUACAUUGCCGUGCAUUUGCAGAACCAGAGCCAGACAUCUACUGGAUCACACCGUCUGGCAAUAAAAUUAUACCUAAUACAGUUUCUGAUAAGUACAAUAUGCAUCCCGAAGGAACAAUUGAUAUCUAUGACAUCACCGAACAUGAAGCUGGAUUGUAUACAUGUGUUGCUCACAAUCUUGUUGGGGCUGACCUAAAAACUGUUUUGGUAGAGGUCAACGGAUUCUUUCCACAGCCUGCUAAUAGCUCUUUGAAUAUAAAAAUAAAAUCUGUACAUCCAAAUUCUGUUUUGGUGUCUUGGAAGGCAUCCCAUAACAGUUUAGCUCCAAAUAUCAAAUGGUCUACUACAACAAAAGCAAACAAUCCCACAGCUGCAUUUACUGCUAGAGUUCCAUCUGAUGUUAAAGUGUACAACCUAACGCACCUGAAUCCCUCAACAGAGUAUGAAGUAUGUGUGAAUAUUCCCAGUAUCCACCAGAAAAACAACAAGAAAUGUGUCAAUGUAACAACAAAAGAAUUAGAACUUGCAGUACAAAUGAGCAAAAAGUGGAACACAACCCUGAUUUCUCUCUUCGGUAUACUUCUGGGUGUGAUAUUUGUGACCUGCUUUCUGAUUUCUGCAUUUCUAAAAAGCAACUUCAUUUUAGGAAACUUAAGAAAUUCCAAUUCAAAGGCUUCACCAGUGGCUAUAGAUGAAUUAUAUUCUCCACUUACGACCCUCUGGGUUUCUGGAAAAGGGACGCCUGCAGCUGUGGAAGUAAAAGCCACAGUAAUAGAUGUAUCAAACAAUUUCUUAUAAAACAUAACUUCAAGACAUUUUUAUUUUAUACAAAAUUGACAAAGCGAGGGGGAAAAGCACAAGACUUUAUUGAUCGUGCUUAAUAUGCCUUGACGCCAACUUCCUGGAACGUUUUAAUACAAAUGCAGAGGGUCCACACACAUAGUGAAUGGAGAUCUCAUUUGUUAAUUAUUUUGCUGUUCCUAUUAAGUGGCAUAAAAAGAAAAUGUACCAGCAAGUGUUAUUUGCAGUUACUAUUUCAAAAUGUGGUAUUCCUGGGUACAGGCUAACAUAGCGGAAAUGGAAUAAGGAAAAAGAAGAAAGAUACGUCUCUGUUAUUGACUGUUAUAUAUGUAAAGAGUAGUGGAACUAUCCUUGUGGUCCCAAGCAAUACCUUCGUGCUGUAUUACAUACAUAGGCAAGCUAGAAUGCCACCUGUGGUGUUUAUAAUGGAGAAAAUACAGUAGAAUAGAUGAUAACAGUGACUAUGAUGUGAUAUACUUUUUAUGACAAAAUAUACAUUUUUGAUUUAAAUAAAAAUGGGUAUUGUCUUUUAUUAAAAUCUUUAUCUUACACAGUUUUAUGGAGAUUUAUUACAUCAAUGUGAGUAAACUUAUAAUCAUGAAGAUGCAACUGUCAAAUAGAAAAUCCUGUUUGAAAGAUACUAUACAGUAUGUUACUGAGGUGCCUAUACAGUAUAUAUUUGUAUUUUGAUAAAAUGGACACAACCCUUGUUCCAGUCAUAUUUUUAAAACC